ACAGCAUCAUCCGUGUCUUUCCCUGCAGCCCAGCUGUGAGACAGCAGCUUCGCGCAACAUCGCAUGGCACGCAGCGUCAUCAACCGUAAGCGCUGUGAGAAAAGACCUGCACUACAGAAAAAAUGAGAUGAAUCAUUCUAUAAGAGUGCCCUGCACCCCAGCAUCUUUUGGGGGUACAUUUUGGAUGUGCUGGGUUUCAUUACCCAAACCAAAAACUUGGUGCCCUUUAGGAAACAUAAUCGAAAAUGUUUCUGACUCGACGAAAGAGACUCCAUCUGAGCCGGAUUAUAUUUCUUCUCUCUGGUGUUUUCCUGUGUUCCUUAUACCAGCUGACAAUUAGAGCCAAACUACCAGAACCCUGGCCAGAACCUCAGAUUGCGGAGAACACUGAUGAAGGUUCUGGACAAACUCUAGUGGGACUGUUGGAGGAGAUAGGGGUUAGUAUUUUAACUGAUGUUCAGCCAAAACACACGGAUGAGGUCCGACCGUCAGACAAACCUAGGACUUCAGCCCCCACAAAAAUACCCACAACUACAGAGCCACCUACAACAACCACAAACAGGACGAUCAUCCAGUGCAUCUUUGUCGACCCAAACCUUCCGAAACCCACUCCCGUUCCCACUCCAUCAAUCACUAUUGCCAACACUACAGCUUCCACUCCUGGAGAUGCACCACACAUGAAGGGCGAGUACCCGGAGGACAUCUUCUCCAUUGAGGAGCGACGUAAAGGCUGGGUUCUUCUCCACAUCUUUGGAAUGGUAUACAUGUUUGUUUCGUUUGCCAUUGUGUGCGAUGAGUUCUUUGUCCCGACGCUGGGGGUUAUCACAUACAAACUGGAAAUUUCAGAUGAUGUGGCAGGGGCUACUUUCAUGGCUGCUGGAGGCUCUGCUCCUGAGCUCUUCACAUCCUUGAUCGGUGUCUUCAUCUCGCAUAGCAAUGUUGGCAUUGGAACCAUUGUUGGCUCGGCUGUCUUUAAUAUUUUAUUUGUGAUUGGAAUGUGUGCGCUGUUCUCCCGGGAAAUGCUUCACCUCACCUGGUGGCCUCUGUUUCGGGACGUGUCGUUCUACAUCCUCGAUCUCAUCAUGCUCAUUAUCUUCUUUUUGGACAACUACAUUAUGUGGUGGGAGAGUAUGAUGCUGGUGGGUGGUUAUGUUCUCUAUGUUUUCUUCAUGAAGUUCAACGUACAGAUUGAGCGAGCAGUUAAGACUCAGCUCAUGAAACACAAGAAUAUCGUCAAGGUGAUUGCGGUGGAAGAACCAGAGAAGGACAAUGGGACCUCAGGUGAAGAAAACAGGGCACCUGAACCAGACGACAAGAAUCGAUUAAAGCUAAAGCCCACAUUGCAGCGCGGGGGCAGUUCUGCUUCUCUGCACAACAGCACCAUGAGAAACACCAUCUUCCAGCUGAUGAUUCACACACUUGAUCCUCUAGGAGAAGAGUCAGUGUUAAAUGGCGGUGCAAAGGCUAGAAGCUCUUUGGAAUGUAAAGUGAAAUUUAAAGACAAGGCUCAGAUUUUGAACAGCAUGGCCCGGGGGAAGGUAGAGAACAAAAAGAAGGAAAAAUCGGGUGAAGUUGGUGAUCCAACAGACCAGCCCAAGGAUUCGGAUGACACAAGUCCUGCAGCAAAGGAAGGAGAAGGGAAUCAGAAGACUGAGACGCCAAAGGAAAGAGACGCUGCGGCGGGAGGUGGAUCAGAGAAUCCAGGAGGCACGGACGACUCUGACAGCAGUGAGGAGGAUGACAGUGAUGAAGACAGCGAUGACGAUGAAGAAAACGAAGAUGAAGCUGCAGAGGGAGACAAUGAUGAACCUCUGUCCUUAGAGUGGCCAGACACCAGACGUAAACAGGCUACAUAUUUGUUUCUGCUGCCCAUCGUCUUCCCACUGUGGCUCACAGUUCCAGACGUCAGAAACCCUGCAUCUAAGAAGUUCUUCGUCAUCACUUUCCUUGGCUCGAUAGUCUGGAUUGCUAUAUUCUCUUACCUUAUGGUGUGGUGGGCACAUCAGGUGGGUGAGACCAUUGGCAUUUCAGAGGAGAUCAUGGGUCUUACGAUCCUGGCAGCAGGAACAUCCAUUCCUGAUCUAAUAACCAGCGUGAUUGUUGCUCGAAAAGGCUUGGGAGACAUGGCGGUCUCCAGCUCUGUAGGCAGCAACAUUUUUGACAUCACCAUGGGGUUGCCGGUGCCCUGGCUGAUGUUCUCGUUCUGCCAUUCAUUUGCUCCGGUGCAGGUGAGCAGUAACGGGCUCUUCUGUGCCAUCGUACUGCUCUUCCUCAUGCUCCUCUUUGUCACUAUUUCCAUCGCUGCCUGUAAGUGGAGGAUGAAUAAAGUGUUGGGAUCCAUCAUGUUCGUUCUCUACUUCGUGUUCCUGGUGAUCAGUGUGAUGCUAGAAGACCGAAUCAUCGUGUGUCCCGUGUCCAUCUGAGCACAGCUGUCGGACCUGUGGUUUUCAUUACACCUCAACGUUAACACAUAUCCAUGUGGAGACGCUUGUGUCACGUGAUAAAAACUCAAGUGUUCUGAACUGUAAUUUUACAUACAAUAUAUGGUUUUUGAAGCGUCCCUGGAACUGCGGAAAAUAUUUGUGAAAAAGCUGAUGCAAAAUAACAAUUUAGUUAUGUUUAUACCAAAAAUAUACACAUUUCUUGUCACUACAUACGCAAAAUCACAGCAUCAACAUAGGAAAAGGGCAAAUCGUAUGACCUGUAUCACAUAUUUCCAGUUUAACGCCAUAGGGUGAUGUUUAAAUGGUCUUAAUGCCGACAUAUCUGUAAUGUCCCUUUAAUUUUUAGUAGUAUUUGGAUAUCACAACAAAUUGUUUUUUAUUUAUAUUGUGGUUUAUAUUGUGAGUUUUUAGAUAGAUAUGGUUAAGCUUUUUUCAAAAUGUAUGCAGACGUCACUAAAUUAGAGAAAUUGUGAUCGUAUUGUAAAUGAUGUAAUUCUGCAAUGGAAUUCUUUUUGUAACAAGAAAACUGUCAUUAGUGAGCAUUUUAAAUACAGAUGUUGUGCUGUAAAAUAUGAUUUACAUUUUUUUCAACAAAACAGUAGUCGUAUAACAUAGCUAUUUAUUACUAAUGCUAAUCUAUAGCCGUAGAAAAAAUAAAGAGACCAUUCCAAAUUUUCAUUUAAUCAGCAAUUCUAGAUGUAUUGUGGCCAUUCCAGUCCAGUGUCUGUUGAAUUAAAAAAAAAAAAAAACCUCAGGAGUGACAAAGUCUUCCAACAGCAAUGUGAAAGACUGACAGCAUGACGGGACACAUGAAAACCGAUUAAAAUCCAGUUUAUCGCAUAAAAAAUAAAUUUUAACUUUUCCUAAAUACAUAUACAAAUAGUACUGUUGUACUGCUUAAAAGUGAAUACGAACUUGUUUUCUUUGUAGUAUUUGAUACCUGAAAAAAUCAGAGCGUCUUUUCUGUUAUUUUCACCUGUUUCUCCAGUUUUCAUUUUCUGAAAAUAAAUGCAAAUAGAAACAAUAUUUUUAUUUGAAUUUUGGGAGAAAUAUUGUUAAGUUAACAGAAUGAAACAAAAAAUAACAAUUUUACCACCUAUAAAUAAUAAUAAAAAAACUGAAAAUAAUUUUUAAAUGGUCUCUAUUUUUUUCUUCGACUGUAUAUUAUACGGACAAACUAUUGUGAAACAAAACAUGUUGCUGUUUGUACAAUAUAGAGUCAAAGGUUGUUUCUGAAUGUCACACAUUGUGUCUCUUCACUUGUUUGAGUGUAAAAUUAAAAGGGGGUUUUAAAUGUGGCAUGUGUUGUUCUCUUUUCAAGUGAACAGUAACAUACUGGAGCUGGUUUGAGUACCAUAUGUUUAUUUACAGUUCUAAACAUUUUUAGAUCUGGCUCAGAUCUGACAAAAUGAUAUAUACAAAUAUAAUAUAGAAGUAACAAAAGGAGUGAUAUGUAAAGCACGUUGCCCUAACAUAAAAUGUUAAAAAACAAACAAACAAUUAACCAUCUUACACAUUACCAGCUUUAAAUGAGCUUUCCAUGAAAUAGAUCCGUUUUUUCACUAUACUAUGCCAAAUGAUCUUACAAAGCAGGUGAUAGAAAAACUGCUUCAACAUUGUCAGCAGUGUAAUAAUGUAUUUAGUUUGUAGUAAAUGUGUAGUUUCACACAGCAUCAGGUCACCAAACAAAAUAACACUUUUGUAA